AUGAUUCAACGAGAAGCAGAAGUAAAGAAUAAGGUAACUGCUGUGGCGUUGACAGACUCUGUUCACAAUAUGUGGCAUCAAGGAGCUGGGAAAACUAUUCGAGAAUGGAUGCGAGAGCACUGCUGUAACUGGAUCUCCAGCUCUGAGCCUCUCGACACUCCAGUGGAGUCCAUGCUGCCAGAUUGUCCCCGUGUCUCUGCAGGUACAGAACGACAUGAACUAACUUCCUGGAAAAGUUUUCCAUCUAUUUUCAAGUUCUUCAGUGAGGCUGUAAAGGCAAAAAACAGCUUGGUGAAACCAACCCCAACACGGCGCUCCAACAGGAUAAAAUAUGAAGAAUUGUAA